AAACGACAGUCUGUUGAAGACAGGCGUGUAGAAUGGAUCGCCUUUCCAUCGUGCUCGUGCUUCUGGGAGUUUCUCGGAUCCAGGCGGCCCUUUACUGUGGUGGGUCCAUGGCGAACAAGUGCGUACAGGGAAGCCGCUGCCGUGUUGGAAGCGAAACGGGAAUACCAAUCAUUGAUUAUAGGGGAUUUACUGACGGUAAUCUGGGAUGUGAAACUGGGGAAACCUGCUGCCCAGUAACAAAAAUACUGCAAUUUCCUGCACAGAUGGACCACCAAGCGGAUUCUCUCGAAUGUGGCCACGUGAACCGUCUAGGAGUGGGCUUGGCCACAACUAACGAGGAGGGCGAACUGCCAUGGAUGGUGGCUUUGCUGGAUGCCAGAAACAGCGAGCCGAUUGGCGCUGGCUCCCUUAUUAGGCCGGAUGUGGUGCUUACGUCCGCCUCGAAGACCUACAAAACUCCCCUCGACUACCUCAUUGUGCGGGCUGGCGAAUGGGACCUUAAAGGCGGCACCGAGCAGCAAGCACAUCAGGAUGUUCCGAUCGAGAAGAUCGUACGACAUCCCAGAUUCAAUGUGGAGAAUGGUGCCUAUAAUGCGGCCCUUCUGUUCCUCUCUAGAUCGCUUAGGCUGGACCGCCACAUAAAUCUCAUUUGCUUGCCGCAGCCGAAUCGAAACCUUAUCAAAAACCUUUGCAUCGUCAGUGGCUGGACCCAAAAAGACUUAUUGAGCAACGGAUACAUGAAUGUGCUGAAAAAGAUCGAGGUGCCAUUGGUGGAAAGAUCUGUGUGUCAAAGGCAACUGCAGGAAGUCGCCAAGAGAAGCGUAUUUCUUGAUGAAAGCAUGAUGUGUGCCGGAGGAGAACCUGGAAAGGACUUGUGCAGCGGCAAUGGAGGUGCCGCACUUGUCUGUCCACUUCAAAGCGAUCCCAAUCGGUACGAGCAGGUGGGUAUCGUCAACUUCGGAAUCGGUUGUGGAAUGCCUGUACCUGUUGUCUACACUGAUGUUUCCAAAAUUCAUCAAUGGAUUGUUUAUAGUAUCGAAGAGAAUACAGUCGACCAUUCUUCCCAGUUGGGAAAUGUGGGCCAAUCACCAGUUCCAAAUGUAGAAACUCCAAUUGCAGUCCAACGCCAGGCUCAAGGAUCAUUUCAGAAUGUCGGAUUUCAAACUGGAUACGAUCCAAAUCGAAUUCAAGAAACUAAAAUAAUGACAGACAAUACGAUGUAUAAGGACCAAGGAAACGGAGUCAACGGAUACAAUUCAUUCAGAGUUCAAGGAUAUAUUCCAAAUGUAGGCCAAGGAAACAAUGGCAAUGGUAAUGGAUAUUAUCCAAAUGGAAGUCAAAAUCCAAAUAGAUUUCAAGGAAAUUAUGCAUCUAACCAAGUUGGAGUCGAAGAAAAUAAACCCGAUAUGGGUGGCAGAAAGGAAUUCGGAAUUUUAGGCGGUGCUACUGCGAAUCCCAAUAAGUAUCAUGUUAUAACGUUUGAUGAUAUUACUACUACAACGACCACGUCAAGUUCACCUGUACAAUUUGUAAUAGAAAAGGCCUAACCUAAUUAAAAAUUUCUAUCAGUUGGCUAAUAAUCUAAAAAUUACCUACACAUAAA